AUGGUCCUUCCACCAUGCCGCGCAAGCCUUUUACGGGGCCAGCGCGUCUUGACGCCUCUUCUUCGCGUCUUUUCCACUGAUUCCGCGUCCACGCCAUCAGCAACGGCGGCCGAACCGUUCCCGUCGCCCUCGAGGUCGCAGCUACGCAGCAGCAGCAGCAGCACCGGCGAGGAAGCCUCCUCAUCGACACCCCCACGAUGGAGCCAGACGCCCGCGGGCAUGAAGGCGCCGCUGCAGAUGGACUUUGCCAAAAGCCCCCGCAACAAGAUCUGGGCCGUCAACAACAACCCGGGCCGGCUCGACGACAUGUACAACCGCCUUCUCGGCCCGGGCGGCGCCAAGAUGCUCCCCGACGAGCUCAAAUGGCUCGCCGUGACCCACAAGAGCUUCGACCAGGGCAGACGAGGCUUCAACGACAGGCUCGCCCUGAUGGGUCGCUUGACCCUCGUCAUGGAGGCGACAAAGGACAUUGUCAGCAGGCCGCCCCUCGCUGGCACGCGGAUACCAGAUGAGAACGGUCGAGAGCCGUUGGAGCACGCCCAGCUCGCCUCGGUGGACAACCUCAAUGUGCUUGGGCCCAAGGACGUCGUGGGCAAGGAGAAGCUGUAUGCGCUCGCGACCAACGUUGGCAUGAUGGACGUGAUGCGGUGGAAGCCCCGAUUGCCCGAGAGACUGGAGGCGUCGGGUGUCGAGGUCGUCCUCAACGGUGCCAUCUUCGCCAUCAUCGGCGCCAUCACGCUGCAGCAUGGAUCCGUCGUGGCCUCCAAGAUGAUACGGGAACGGAUUCUGGCAAGGCUACCCAGAGACGAGUAA